UGAAAGACAAAAUUCAGGGCUAAAAUGUUCACUUCCACAGCCGGGUAGCCUGUUGUUUGACAGAUCCAACAGACUUCCUAGCUUCGCUUUCCUGGCUGUUGACUUGCUUCGGAUUAGUUUUACUCGAUAAAACGUAGUUAAACCUGUCUUAGGAUCAAAUCUGGUCCCAAUAUAAGUUUAAUUGUUUUAUCAAGAAGCUUGUUUGUUAACUAACUGCCAUUGCUAACGACAUCAAGCUAGCAACGGGGAGCCUCCCAACAGCUGGUAGAGCCACAUCGUCACCUUCUCCUUUGAGUUUUGUAGUUUAUAAAAAGUAUUCCUGUAUUUCUACGUCUGGAUAGAGUUGUGUUUCCUUUACUUAGGCAGCUAUUUUGUGCUUGUUUUUGUUUUUUUUAUUUUUUUUUCAGUAGGAGUUAUGAGUCAUUUAUAGCUUUCUCUCUCCUUUGUUUACAUGGAGACACUUCGUCAGAGAGGCUUUGUUUUCAUGAACUGUUCCUAUUAAGAUUGGACAAACAACAGGGCAACAAAGCUGGGAAAAUGGAAAUUAGGAGGUAGCUAAAAUUGUGCUGUUUCUCUACCAAAACAAGAGGAUGAACUGGGGUCUGGCAGGGGACAGCUGUGCCAGGUGGACUGUUUGACUUGCGUGGGUGUUAGAACACAUGAGGAGACUUGGUGCUAAAUCUCUGAGGAAACCGGGUCUCUGUUUUGGAACCGAUAUGUUGCUGAAGUCGCUUCUGAUCGCCUGUCUUCUUAGCUGGGUGAAUUGUUUGGAGAAUCAGAGCAUGACACCAGAGGAGAAGACCAACAUCAGAAACCAAAUUCUGGAGAUGUUUGACCAUGCCUACGGAAGUUACAUGAAAUAUGCCUAUCCAGCAGAUGAGCUGAUGCCGCUAAGCUGCAAAGGAAGAGUGCGCGGAGAAGAGCCUAACAGAGGGGACAUCGACGACUCCUUGGGGAAGUUUUCUCUCACACUGAUCGACACCCUAGAUACCUUAGCGGUGCUGAACAAGCUGGACGAGUUUGACGACGCAGUGAAGAAGGCUGUGAGGGACGUGCGCCUGGACAACGACGUGGUGGUGUCCGUGUUUGAGACCAACAUCAGGGUUUUGGGGUAUAAAGCAAGCUCGCGGGGGCUUUUGGGGGGACACGUGAUGGCUGACCUGCUCAGGCAGCGCGGGGAGAGGAUGCAGUGGUAUCGUGAUGAGCUCCUUCACAUGGCCGUCGAGCUGGGCCACCGACUGAUUCCUGCCUUCAACACCUCCAGUGGCCUUCCCUACCCUAAGGUGAAUCUGCGGUACGGCAUCUUGAACCCACUCUCGCGCACCGGCACCGAAUCGGACACGUGCACAGCGUGUGCAGGGACCAUAAUCCUGGAGUUUGCCGCUCUCAGCAGGCUGUCGGGAGAGUCCGUGUUUGAGGAACAUGCUAGGAAGGCCCUAGACGUCCUCUGGGAGAGAAGACAGAGAGGAAGUGACUUAGUCGGAACUGUGAUCAAUAUCCAUAAUGGAGAAUGGGUCAGGAAAGAUAGCGGUGUCGGCGCAGGAAUCGACUCAUACUACGAAUAUCUGAUGAAGGCCUACAUUCUUCUAGGAGACGAUACAUUUUUGCAGAGGUUCAACACUCACUACAGUGCCAUUAUGAAGUACAUCAGCCAGCCUCCUCUCCUGCUCAACGUGCACAUGCACAAUCCCACAGUGAGCGUUCGCAGCUGGAUGGAUUCGCUGCUCGCUUUCUUCCCUGGAUUACAGGUUUUAACAGGAGAUCUGAAACCAGCCAUAGAGACUCAUGAGAUGCUAUACCAAGUCACAAAGCAGCACAAGUUUCUCCCAGAGGCUUUUACCACAGAGUUCAGAGUUCACUGGGGUCAACACCUGCUGAGACCAGAGUUUGCAGAAAGCACCUACUACCUCUAUAAGGCUACUGGUGACCCUUACUACCUCAGAGUGGGACAAUCCAUAGUGGAAAAACUCAAUGCCUUUGCCAGGGUGCCUUGCGGUUUUGCUGCUGUGCAGGACGUCCGCACCGGGACACAUGAAGACAGGAUGGACUCGUUCUUCCUGGCAGAGAUGUUCAAGUACCUCUACCUGCUGUUUUCGGAGAAGAGCCAGCUGCUGAUCAACCUGGACGACUACAUUUUCACCACGGAGGCCCACCUGCUGCCCGUCUCUCUGUCCACGACUCAAGACACCGUGCAGACCAACGUUACGGAGGCUCCUGUUGCUCACGAUGAGGAUCUAUUUACACACUCCUGCCCCAGCACAGAGACAUUGUUCCCCAACAACCCGUCGUUUGCCAAAACCAUUAGGGACGGCUACAAGUACCUGACCGGCGUGGGACGAGCCUUCACCCCUCUACCCAUCAGGGAAAUUGAGCUGCCGCUCCACGACAGCGGCAUGGAGCCGGUGGAGUUCUUGAAGAGCAUGGGCAUCUCGCUCACCCCUCUGAAUGACUUUACCCUCGGAGACUCUAUUGGUUCAAAGCAGCAUAAAGGAGUGUUCCGCGUAAAGCUUGUUGCAGAAGUGAGCCAGACGAUAGAGGAGGAACUGGUGGUGCCGCACGCCGUUCAGCUCAUAUCUCCUCCAUUUCUGGGCAGGACGGUCCUCACUGCAGGACCCGCCAAGUUUGGGAUGGACCUGACCAAGCAGGAGCAUGGGGUGAAAGGAACCAUAGUGAAAGCUUCCCCCUACACUGCCUGUGGGCCAAUAGAAAACGCAGCAGAGGUUAAAGGCCGUAUUGCACUUGCACUACGCGGUGACUGCAUGUUUGCAGCCAAGGCUCGUUGGCUGCAACAAGCUGGAGCCGGUGGAGUCAUCUGUAUAGAUCAUCGCGAAGGAAGUAGCAGCGAGGAGACGCCCCUCUUCCAGAUGGUCGGAGACGGCGACUCCACCGAAGACAUCACCUUACCUUUAGUGUUUCUGUUCAGCCGGGAGGGCGCCGUGCUCACCUCCGUCCUGGAGGAACAUCACAACGUGGAUGUGUUGCUGCUGCCGAAGGAGAGGCAGCUGGGACAGGAUAAAUCAGAAAAACCUGUCAGCAUGAACAUAAAACUCCGCCUGAGAGAGGAGGGGGGGUCGGAGGGCAGAGCAGCUCCAGGAACCACACUGGAGCUGGUUUUGGAGGACGAAGAGGUCCUUCUUAAAGAGACGGGCGAAGAAGAGCUUGGCGGAAAACAACAGUCACAGCACCAACAGGGCUGCACUCAAGGCAGAACUGGACCCUGUUCUACAGACUCUCCGCAAGCCCUGAACUCCAAACCCGAACCAGGCACAAACCCUUGACCGCUGUGGUUCCCUAAAGCUGCUGGCUAGUUGGUUUGUGAGCAGCAUGUGGCCCCUCUCUCUGCUCUGCAGCACAGCCUGCAUGUUUACAAUUAACAGGGAGGAUGUGAAUUUACGGCUCCAUGCUUAUGACACAGUGGGAUCAGAGGGCCUCUGCUCUCAGCCAGAACAUGAGCUGGUCUCCUGUCGCCGUAGCUACAAACAGCUUGUGGCUGCGAUGUCGUGUCCCAGUAGAGCAGGAUUUAAAGUCUGAAGAGGUAACAAAAUGUAUGCAAUUUGCUUUUAAUCUAGAUUGCACCUUUUUUAACUUCUUCAAAAAUACAGUUUUAGCGGUCUGUAACGAUCGGUGGAGUCUUACUUGGCCAGUAGGUGGCGUCAGCUUCCAGUUGCACCAUGUGUAAGGUGGAUGAAGGAGACAAGCUUGGGUUCUUUUGGAACGUGAAUUUUGUACUAGGUAGAAACUUCAGGGACUUGAUGAGUGAAUGCAGUAUAAAAGAUUGACCAAUUUUAUUUUAUUUUUUAUGUGCACAUUUGAGGGGGAAUGUUUUGCACGUCUUCUGGCUAAUUAAAGAGUUAGCAUUAGACUAUGUGAGUGCAGUUUAUAACUAGGCUAUAUUUAUAUGAAAAUGCAUCUCGGUUGAAACCUCUAAACCUAAUCAUGCAAAUAACAAAUAAGAAGAGAAAAUUGGGAGUAAUAUUUGAGAUUCACUGUAGGCUUCGGUUCUUAAUAUUGUAUUUGUACAAAUUUUAGGAAAGCUAAUUUCAAAUGACCUUGUGAAAAAAGUGAAAAACGCAUUCAAUCACCGUCUUGCAGUCUGGUGUGAUCAUGUCCGAUCGUUAGUUCUGAACUUAUUGUAUAUUCCAACCGUGUUUAAAUCCCAUGGUGAUUCCUAAUAUAAAACCAAAGUUAAACAUCUCCACACAGAAUUUUUUUUUUUUAACAUUUAGUUAUGUUUUCUUUACAGGUGUGCAGCAAGAUUUUAUUUCACGUUUGUCACGGUUGCGUAAGAAAUAGAAAAAAGCUUUUCUCCCCAAGAAAUUUGAACGCUGAGCAGGAUGAGAUUUGGAUUUAUUUGUACCGGUUAGCAGUCCAGUUCACAUUGUGAAGUAUUUCAUGGGCAUUAAUAUGUGCAAUGACUUUAUUUUAUUUUAUUUUUUUCUUCAGUCACUUUCUGUUGCUGGUUUUUGUUCUCACUACUCAUAAGUUGCACAUUUUCCACUUAAUGUUUUUUGACCAGUGGACUAUUUUUCACACUCAAAACUGAUUUUAGAUCAGAAAUCCGAUAGGGUUUUAUAGGGUAAGGAGACUUCUCUAUGAUUUAUUGCUAAGUUUUUUUUGUUUGUUUGUUUUUUUUUUGUUUACCUCAGGUCUGUGGACAUUAUUCUUCAUGUAGAAUAAAAUGUCAAUAGAGGGCAAACCAAGGACACCUUUUUGUUUUAGAUGUUUUAUGUUAUUUAUUGUUAUUUCUCUGAUUAACAACUGCAGCCUAUAAUGUGCCAAAAGAGCUGUAAUAAUCUGUACAGGUUAUGUUUUCUUUCAGGUGCAAGCAGAGGGAGUCCUAGUAGGUUUAACUAAUAUUUCUGUAAUUGAGCCUUUUUUUUUUUUUUUUUUAGCUUCGGAGAAAUAUUUUAGGAGCAUUUGAAUGUUUUUGGACUUGACGAUUUGCUUCUUGUUGUUGAUUUCUGUAUCCGUAGAGUGACAUUUUACGUUCACCAAUCAAGAAAAUAUGAGACGUUCACCCAGGUGAAUUUGAGAAUAAAGAUACUUGUAACUUCCUUUUAGCAUUUUAUUUUUAUUUUGUUUGUUAACUUCUUGUUUUUAUUUCUAUGCUUUUUCUUCUUUGCUGAAACUGAAACGCAAUUCAUACAUUUGCAUAGAUGCAGAAGGAAGUGAUGAAACUUUACCAUUGCUGAUAAGCUGCAGGGGUCACUGAGACACAAACCAACAACGUUUUGGAAUAAUUCAUAAAACAUAAGUUCACCGCUUUGGAAAUCUAUGACAUUUGCAGAGUUUGUCCUGUAAUCGUCUGCCAUUAGUCAUAGCUUCAUCAUGCUCUGUUAAAAGCCUGCAUGGAAACUGAGAUGGUCAGGAAUUUGAAAAGGGGCUUCACCUUUAAUCAUUCUGGUGAAGCAGAUUGUGAUCAUACAUUCACAUAUAUUUAUAAUUUAAUAAAGUUAUUUUUUGAAGGUUAUGUUGUAUCCAUUUAAGCCCAGAAGAAUUCACAGUCCAGAUCAGAUUCAUGACUUCAAUGUGAUAAUCUGAUGAAGAAGCUAAAGAUUAGUGGGAUGGCAGUGAGGGCUUUCCAACUACAAAAGAUGCAAAGAGCUGAUCAGCAAACGUGAGCAGCUACAUGUUUGCUGUAAAACCAAUACAGUCUUUUCCUCUGGUUAUUGAUAAGGGUAUAAAUAAUUUUAAUAAUACCAAUUUUUUAUGCAAAUAACAUCAGGCAACUUGCUACCGUAAUUUAAUGUGGCUGUAUGUGACAAAUCUGUACAUAUGAUUUUGACCCUUUGUGGACAAAGACAAAAAUAAAAUCACACUUGUCCUUUAUUCUUCUCUGAACACAGCGUAGUGCAAACCAUUAGACUUUCUGAAUUAAUAUGGAUUUUGUUCAACAUGUAAAUAAACCUCUUGCAGUCUU